ACUAGUGAUAAGAGGAAAAAGCCAAGAGAAAGAAAAUGAAGGAAAAGUGAAGGAACAAAAAGGAAGGGUGGAGAGUCCACAAUAAUUGGCAUCAAAUGCUCUCAUGGGGAUUCGCACUGUUGCUGAAUUCCAAGAUCUGUCAAUUAUUUAUUUUUCUUAAUAUUUUAGAAUUCACAGCCUCUCUGCUUCCUCAUUGGUGCUCCUCAAAGCCAUCUCUUGUUUGGCCAGACAUGAAAAAGAAAAUUAAACAAAUACAGUGAAGUUGUGAGUGCUUACUGCUUAGUAGUAUUGUUGUUGUCGUUGUAGUUGUGUGGAAGGAGCAGUAGUAGCAGUUGUGCUUGGUGUGAGAGAGGCAAAAGGAGGAAAAGGUAGUGACAAUUGCCCAAUCAGGGCUUCGUCGGAAAGUUAGCUCACAAAAGGCAAAACCUCUCUCUCUCUCUCAAGCUUUUCUCUUGCUCUCUCUCUGUCUUUCUCGCACUGCCACACGUCGGGUUUUGUACAGUUAGUGUCUUGCAUUACCUGCCAUUUGAAGCUUUGCUUUUAACUCUGAUUCUCACUUGUCCAGCAUGAGCUAAAGCUAAACCAGUCAAAGCUCUGAUGUUUGAGUUUUAAUCUUGGAUUGUUCUGUUUCAUUGGAGAAUCUAGGGUUCAAUUUGGUGGAUUUCGGCAUUUCUUUGAUUCUGAGCUCUGAUUCGUGUUUCAGGCAUGGAUUUUAGGGUUUCUGGGAGCUUUGCUUUUGGGAUUCUUUAAGCGGUAGCGGGUUCCUGUUUUUUUGUGUAUUCUGGAAUUUUGACACUUUGGGUCCAAGAUAUGUCGGGCGGUGAUUUUGCGCGAUGUUAAUUGCGGCGGCUCUGGGGAUUUUAGAAUAAUUAUUGGUUUGCUUUUGUGGGCUGUGGUCGGAGAUAAGAAAGGAUUGUGGAAAUGGCGGCGGAGUCGAACAGCGGUUUUCACCGCGACGAAACACUGGGUUCGGCGUUGAAUCGUCACACGAUAUCAUUCCAAUCCGGGGCUAUAAACAGCACGUCAGAGAUGAUACCGAUGGGAGGUUACUUUGGGACGACGACGGGCAUGUUGUUGCCUGGGAAUUCGAGCAUAAUCAAUAAUAGUCAUGGGAUGGUUCAAGCUGGAAACUCGUCUGGUUCCUCUUCUAUUUUUCCUGAUUCGGUGCCAGGGCCAGGCUUGGCGGUUGAGUGGUCUGUACAGGAACAGUACAAAUUGGAUGAAGGCCUUGUAAAGUAUGCUGAUGAACCCAGCAUCAUGAGGUACAUAAAGAUUGCGGCCACCUUGCCCGAUAAAACUGUUAGGGAUGUUGCAUUGAGGUGUAGGUGGUUGAAGAGAAAGCAGAGGAAAGCGGAAGAUCAUAAUUCAGUGAAGAAGGCGAACAAUAGAAAGGAUAAGCUAGCGGAAUCAUCCUCUAAGAUGAACGUCCCUUCGGCUCUUCCACAGAAUGUGGCUGCAUAUUCUACCCUGAUGCAACAUGUCGGCCAGAGUGAGCAUAUGCUUUUUGAAGUUGCAGGAAUAAGUGGCACAGCCAGACAUCUUUUGGAAAAGAAUGCUCGAGCUUUAAGUCAAAUUACAGCCAACCUUUCUACAGCCAACUUUUCUACAUUCAAGCAGUUACAGGAAAACAUUGACCUCUUCUGUCAUGCAAGGAACAAUAUCACAGCCAUUUUGAAUGACAUGAGAGAAAUGCCUGGCAUAAUGAGCCAUAUGCUACCAUUGCCCGUUUCAAUCAAUGAGGAACUUGCGAAUAGUUUAUUGCUUAAUACAUUGCAGUCGCAGUCAAUGACGUUUGGUUCUCCAAGCGGGAUCCAACUGAAGCAGGAACCAAGAGAUGGAGCAUAUUGUUGAGGCAUAUGUUUGCAGUUUAUCCACUGAUUCUGUAAGUACAUAAUUUUUCUGCUGUAAAUGCUAAGAAGCUGAUAGGGAGAGGCAAGUCUUCCAUUUGUGUACACGCAUACUCAGCCACAGUUUUUGGGUCCCACAAUGGAGAAGAUGUAGAGAUCCCAUUUUUGGUACCUGAAAUAGCUCACAAGAUGUCAGAACCAACUCCACCAUCCCUUAAAUAAAACCAAAGAAAUCUGCAAGAGAAUCUCUAACCAGAUCACUGCUGUGUUUUAGAUGAUUCUUUUUUGAGUUAAAGAUUCUUGUGAACAAAUUAUAAUUAUUAUACAGGAGUUUGGAGUGAGUUAUUGGUGC